ACAUUGAAUGCAGCUAAGCGGCAUUGCUGUGUUUUCAUGGUUUAGUUCACACUGCCGUAUUCAAUAAAUUGGGCAAAUAACAUACCGUAGCCUUUGUAUUUACUGUUUCAUAUAUAACAAAGGCCAAAAUAUGAAGAAAGAGGAUGAUAAUGAAGACGAUUAUGCGGAGUUGAAUAAGCCGGUUUCUGAUGUAAAAGACAAAUGGAAAAUAUUACCGGCGUUUCUCAAAGUAAAAGGCUUGGUGAAGCAACACAUCGAUUCGUUUAAUUAUUUUAUCAACGUGGAGAUCAAGAAAAUAAUGCAGGCAAAUGACAAAGUGCUGAGUGAUGCUGAUCCAAAUUGGUAUUUAAAAUAUCUCGAUAUUCACGUUGGAAAACCUGACGUGGAAGAAAGUUUCAAUGUCACUCGUUCUAUUUCACCACACGAGUGCAGGCUUCGAGAUCUCACAUACUCAGCUCCAAUAACUGUUGAUGUUGAAUACACAAGAGGGCAGCAGAGAAUUAUUCGUAAACACCUCCCCAUUGGAAGGAUGCCAAUCAUGUUACAAAGUUCAAAUUGUGUUUUAGCUGGAAAAAAUCCUGUUGAGUUUGCAAAGCUAAAUGAAUGUCCGUAUGAUCCAGGCGGUUAUUUUGUUUGCAAAGGGGUUGAAAAGGUCAUAUUGAUUCAAGAACAACUGUCCAAAAACCGAAUGAUUUGUGAGAAAGAUCGAAAGGGUUUGGUGAGUUGUUCCGUGCACAGUUCCACUCACGAAAAAAAGACUCGAGCGACAAUUUUGCAAAAGAAAGGAAAAUUUUAUUUACAACAGAAUGCACUGACAGAAGACACUCCUGUUUGUAUUAUUUUUAAAGCAAUGGGUGUUGAAAGUGACCAAGCUAUAAUGCAACUCAUAGGAACCGAUGAGUCCAUCAUGUCUCUAUUUGCAUCCUCUAUUGAAGAAUGUCACAGACUCGAAGUUUUUACUCAACUUCAAGCGACUCGUUAUAUUGGUCAAAAAAUCCGUAGAAAUCGUGGCAUGUGGGGAGCACCGAGACGAUCACGAAACGAUGAAGCGAGAGACUGGCUGGCAACAACUUUACUUGCUCAUGUGCCUGUUAUUGAUUGGAAUUAUCAUUGCAAGGCUGUCUACCUCGGACUUAUGAUAAGACGAAGUAUUCUAACACAGCUUGGAAAAAUUGAGGUAGAUGACAGAGACUAUUAUGGGAAUAAAAGAAUGGAGUUAGCAGGUGGUCUCGUGUCCCUUUUGUUUGAAGACUUGUUCAAGAGAUUUAACGCAGAAUUGAAAAAAAUUGCAGAUCUUACAAUUCCCAAACCUCGGGCUGCUCAAUUUGAUAUCGUUCGUCAUAUGAGACAAGAUCCUAUCACCAAUGGCCUCGUUAUUGCAAUAUCAACUGGCAACUGGGUGGUGAAGAGAUUUAAAAUGGAGAGAAAAGGUGUCACACAGGUUUUGACAAGAUUAUCGUACAUAUCCGCUCUUGGAAUGAUGACAAGAAUUUCAUCGCAGUUCGAGAAAACACGUAAAGUAAGCGGUCCACGAUCCCUGCAACCUUCACAAUGGGGGAUGCUUUGUCCUUCUGACACACCCGAAGGUGAAGCUUGUGGUUUGGUGAAAAAUUUGGCUCUGAUGACUCAUAUUACAGUAGAUGUAGAGGAAGAACCGACUGCCAGACUUGUUUUAAAUCUUGGUGUUGAAGAUAUAUACAUGCUUUCAGGUGAAGAAAUUUACUCUCCACUCGUUUAUCUCGUCUUUUUGAAUGGAAAUGUUCUUGGAGUCAUCAGAAAUCAUAAAAAACUUGUGAGAACACUCAGAAUUAUGAGGAGGAAUGGUUACUUGGAUGAUUUUAUAUCAGUUUGUACGAACCAUGCACAUCGUUCUGUCUAUAUUUCAUCAGAUGGUGGAAGAUUAUGCAGGCCUUACAUACUUGUCAAUAAAGGAAUGCCGCUCGUUAAAUCUUCGCAUAUGGAGGAAUUACAGCGAGGAUUGCGAUCUUUUGAUGAUUUUCUUCGUGAUGGAUUGGUGGAAUUUCUUGAUGUUAACGAAGAAAACGAUUGUAAUAUUGCUAUUGUUGAAAAAGAUAUCGGGUUUCAUACAACGCACCUUGAAGUGGAGCCAUUUACUCUGCUUGGUGUCUGUGCCGGCUUAAUUCCUUAUCCACAUCACAACCAAUCUCCAAGAAAUACUUAUCAAUGUGCUAUGGGAAAACAAGCGAUGGGUACAAUUGCAUUAAAUCAAAGAAAUCGAAUUGAUACAUUAAUGUACCUGCUUUGUUAUCCACAGGCACCUUUGGUUAAAACUCGAACAAUCGAACUAAUCAACUUUGAAAAAUUACCGGCCGGACAAAAUGCAAUCAUUGCAGUGAUGAGUUACAGUGGGUACGACAUUGAAGAUGCUUUGGUGUUGAAUAAAGCUUCACUCGAUCGUGGGUAUGGUAGAUGUCUUGUUUACAGAAACCAGAAAUGUACUUUGAAAAGAUAUGCUAAUCAAACAUUUGAUCGUGUUAUGGGACCGGCAUUAGAUGCGGAAACUAGAAAACCAAUAUGGAAACAUGAAAUUUUAGAUGCCGAUGGUAUUUGUAAACCAGGAGAAAAGGUGGAAAGCAAACAGGUCCUCGUCAACAAAUCCUGUCCUAUGCAAACCAGCAUCAUUCAAUCCGGUGACCCACAACAGAAACAAACUUCAUUUCAAGACGUUCCUUCUUCAUACAGAGGUCCCAUUCCAUCCUACAUUGAAAAGGUAAUGGUAUCUUCCAACACUGAAGAGGCAUUUCUCAUCAAAAUUUUGUUGCGACAAACAAGACGACCAGAAUUGGGUGAUAAGUUUAGUUCAAGGCAUGGACAGAAAGGCGUAACAGGGUUAAUUGUACCACAAGAAGACAUGCCAUUUAAUGAGUUCGGAAUUUGUCCUGAUGUAAUCAUGAAUCCGCAUGGUUAUCCUUCUCGAAUGACUGUUGGAAAGUUGAUUGAACUUCUUGGAAGUAAAGCUGGUGCGGUUGAAGGGAAGUUUCAUUACGGGACGGCAUUUGGUGGUGACAAAGUCGAAGAUUUAUCCAAAGUUUUAGUUGAUCAUGGAUUUAAUUAUGCUGGGAAAGAUUGUCUUACUUCUGGAAUAACAGGCGAACACUUGGAAGCCUAUAUUUAUCACGGACCAGUUUAUUAUCAAAAACUGAAGCACAUGGUCCUGGAUAAAAUGCAUGCCAGGGCCAGAGGACCAAGAGCCGUUCUUACAAGACAACCCACAGAAGGGAGAUCUAGGGAUGGCGGUUUACGUUUAGGUGAAAUGGAACGUGAUUGUCUCAUUGGAUACGGGGCGAGCAUGCUUCUACUUGAACGACUCAUGAUUUCGAGUGAUUCCUUCGAGGUUGAGGUUUGCGGAGAGUGUGGAUUACUCGGAUAUUCUGGAUACUGCCAAUUCUGUAAAUCUUCCAGGGCUAUUGCGAAAAUCAAAAUGCCAUAUGCGUGUAAACUGCUUUUUCAAGAACUUACUUCAAUGAACAUAGUCCCUCGUUUGAAAUUAAAGCCUUACAAUGAAGAAUGACGUAAAAAGAAAAUUAUGUUCUGGUUGUUACCUAUGUUUAAGUCCAUGCAUCUGAAACAAAUAACUGGCUAACUAAUUCCAUACCAGAAUGAACCGGACGAGAGGCCAUAGUACGCCUCAUGGAAAAGUCGUCUUAUCAGCUUUCGUCUUUCCAGGGAUAAAUAUCGAAAUCCCAAGUUUAUCUUAUUAUUAAUUGUGGCCUUAGUUGGUAUUUUUGUCUGUUAUGCUGUUGAUGCAUUGUGCAAUCAAGAUGAAAUGAACUAUGCUUUUCAUGUUGACAAUACUGCCAAAUAACUACAUUGCUUCUUGGUAAGCUUCGAACUUCAAUCAUAAAAAAUCUUGUUAAGAUGUUUACAUUCCAUUAUUAUUAUGUCUGUUGGUGCUAGAAUUACUUCCUUAUUUGAAUUUAACAUUUUAAGCUGCUCAAUUUCAGUAUAUUAAGUACAUGAUAUUGUACUGAAUAAAAUACGCAUCUCGGAA